AUGGAUAUAGAGUAUCGUCCGUUGGAUAUCACGGUGAUCUCUGCAGAAGGGAUCAAGGAUGUCAACACCUUCUCCAAGAUGGACGUGUACGCCGUCGUUUCGAUCACCGGAGACCCCAAGAGCAAGCGCAAGACCCACGUCGACAAGGACUGCGGAACAAGCCCCAAAUGGAACCACCGAUUCAAUUUUACCAUCGACCAAGCCUCUCUUUCCGGAUCCAACCCCACCCUCCACUUUCAGCUUCUGUCCGACCGCACUUUUGCCGGCGACAAAGUCAUCGGCGACGUUUCCGUCCCGCUCCGAGAGCUCCUGGACAAAACCUCCAAGGACGGAGGUGAGCGCGUUGUGGAGUACCAGGUCCGUACACCUUCCGGAAAACCCAAGGGAACGAUUAAAUUUUCGUACAAGUUUGGGGGGAAACUCACUCAGCCGGCAGAGGCUAAGAAGUACGUGGAUGAGCCGGUGAUGGCGUAUCCGGCUCCGGCGCAUGUUGGUGCUAGUUCGGCGUACCCGCCACCAUCUCCGGGAAUGGGGUAUGCUGCACCACAGCCUCCUCAUGGGAUGGGAUAUCCUCCUUCAGGGUACGGUGGAUAUCCAGCACCGCCACCACGACAUGCAGGUGGAUAUCCCGCUCCGCCACCAUCACAUGCCGGUGGAUAUGCACCGGGGUACGGAUAUCAGCCACCGCCAAUGGGUUAUGGAUAUCCGCCAGUGCAGCAGCCUCAACAGCCUAAGAAGAAGAAUAGCAAGUUUGGGCUAGGAUUGGGAGCCGGGUUGCUGGGAGGGCUGUUGGUGGGAGAUAUGUUGUCGGAUGUUGGAGAAAUGGCCUCCUAUGAUGCUGGGUUUGAUGAUGGUGGUUUUGAUUUCUAA